CCAGUGGGUAGGAAAGAAUCAGUUCAGGGCUGAGGUUCAGCAAACAUACAAUAUUUACCUGCUUCCUCUGGAAUACCUCUGCUCAUCUUGUCUGAAGAGCUGAUGCUCUAAUCUCUGCACGGUUCUAGUCUCCAGAGGAAGAAUUGAGCCAACUUUCUUGGAGGUAGCAGGUGUCUAAUUUAAUUGGCACAGAAAAGAACUAUUCAUGAUGGGGACAAGGAGGCCGAUAAACCGUGUACCUUUGGGAAAUGGAAGGUACUAUGACUCCCAUGGAAGUAGUAAUGGGAAUACAAGUGACAGUGAAGACAGUAAUGGUUCAGUCUAUUCUCCUCGGGCAGACAGCCGAAGCUACCUGCUCAAUAUGAGGCCCGAGAACAGCCGAUCCAGUGUCAGUCGGUAUUCUCAUUACACACCUGCAAGGACAACAUUCUGCAGUAUAAUAUCCCAACUGACUGAAGAGACACAGCCAAGUUUUGAGACAACAUUGAAACCCAGGGCUGUGUCAGAGGGAUCAGAUGCUAAAUUUAUCUGUAUGGUAACAGGAUAUCCAGAACCUGAGGUUACAUGGUACAAAGAUGAUCAAGAAAUGGACCGAUAUUGUGGUUUACCAAAAUAUGAAAUUUUUCGUAAUGGAAAGCGGCACACUUUACAAAUUUAUAAGUGUAGUGAAGAAGAUGCUGCAAUUUAUCAAGCCUCAGCCAGAAAUAACAAAGGUAUUGUGUCCUGUUCUGGAGUAUUAGAGGUUGGAACCAUGACUGAAUACAAAAUUCACCAAAGGUGGUUUGCAAAGCUGAAGAGAAAAGCAGAAGCCAAAAUGCGUGAAAUUGAGCAGAGUAGAAAACAGGUUCAGGAAACUUUUACUGAAAGUGAAAGACUGAGAGCAUUGAGUCCUGAAAGGAUACAAAGAAAGAGAAGAUUAUCAUCAGAAAAUAAAGAUACAUCAACAGAAUCAAUAGAAAAAGAAGAGCCUGUUAAGGUUCAUGUUCCAGAUCCAAACUCUAGGCUUCAAGAUGAAGCGACAAACAUAAAGGAGAAACCACAUAAUGUGGUCAAUGGCUUCCAUGUGAUGGAAACACAACAGAAAGAAGAGGUAACCACAAAUGGUUACAGCGUACCUGAAAACAUAGAAGAAAAUGGUAAAGAAUUCCUUGCAUAUGUUUAUGAAACAGUGGAAGUCAUAACAAAAAAAACUACACCAAAGGAGUCUUAUGCAAAGAAGAAGAAAAAAGAGGAAGAGCCUCCUUUAAGUACAACAAACUUAACAAAACAGGAGACGAAACAGGGAACUGCCAAGAAAACUGAAGGCAUAAGUCCUGUUCAAAGAAGAUCUCGAUUUGGUAAAGAUGCAACAAAGCAGCAAGAUGAAAAGAUGGAGGUUCAGACAACACCAGUUGCUGUGAAUAAAAGAUUUGCACCUUCCAUCCUAUCUAAUAAAUCAGCAAAAACAACUGUAGCAAAAGAUCUAAACAAAACAAAAGAUAAUACUGUUUCCAGUAAGAAGGCAGGUGAAUCUUCCAUUCCAAAACCAGGUCAUCUACAAAGUAAGGAUGAUGUAAAUUUUUCCUUAAAGGAUAUGUACUUUGAUGACUCACCAUCACAACCAGAAGCUAAAUUACCUCUUGACCAAGUCAAGAAGACAAAAAAUGAAGUUCAGACAGAAGUUGUGAGUCCAGCAAGUCCAUCAGCUCAAGGACAAAUAAAAAUACCAAAAGCAGCCCCAAGACGUUCAAAGGAGCAAAGAGAAUUAUCUGUUGGACGCAAACCUCCACAAACAACAAGCGCAAAAAAUGAAUUUCCUUCAACUAAAUCGGUUUCAAUCCUUGAUCAGAGUGCAAAAGACCCUAAGCCAAAGGAUCAACCACCAAAACCAGUUGUAGACAAUUCAACAGGUUCUUCCACACUUGUGUCUGCCAAAAUUGGCAAUGCUGCUGAGCAGAAGCUAAAGAAAGAAUCAGAAGUGCUGGAUUCUUCUUGUAAUGUAUCACAAAAGGCUAGAAGUGAUGAACGUGCAAGACUGGGAGAAACACAUGACCUUCAAAACUCGGAGGAGAACAGGAUAUCCUCGGAAGACCUCAAUGAAAAGACAAGAAUAGAGACACUAAAGAAGUUGGAGACUUUAGAAAUGGAAUACAUGGCAUUGCAAAAAGCGUAUGCGCUUCUGCAGAAGCAACUUGAAGUUAGCCAGAAGGCAGAAGAAGCACAAAAGAUAAGUAAAGUCUCAGAGGGAGUACAAAACAAUGUAAGAACAAUGACUGACACCAAUGAAGGAAAGAAUCUAGAAAUACAAGAAAAUACAGAGGAAGAGACCAAUUUAAUAAAAUGUUCAAGUUCACCAGUGCCAGUGUCUAUGGAGACAGACGUGUCUACAGCCUUGAUUACUAUGAAUAAGACUGGACAAAAUGAACAGUCUCCGACUAAAAAGGAUAUGCCUUCCGACACCUUCCUGGAAUGUAGUUUAGAGGAAGGUUCAAGUGUGAAAGAUGGACACAUAGAUAACUUACAAAAAAUUGAUUCUAUGAAGGCAGUAUCUGAACCUACAGACAAUUUAAGAGAUAUUAGAGAUGUAGUAAGUGAAAAAGCUUCAAUUAUGGUCAAGGACUUUUCUGAAGACAAUAAGACCGAAAAUGUUGCACACACCAGUGAGGUGGAGAUGUUGGAGGAUGUGAAGAAAGAGGUUGCAAAGAAAACUGUAGAAAGUGUUGAUGAACCAACUGUGGAGGACAUACCUGUUUUCUCCUCCAGUGAAACAGCAAUGGAAUCACAGAAACUAGACCCUGUUGCAACAGAUAAAGAUAUUACUUUAACUAGUACAGUAUUACAAACAGAAGUAUAUAUUUCUGAAAUUUCUGAUGAGGCCCUAAAUAUUGGUCCUUCACAGUUGCUACCAAGUGAUCAAAAUGAUCAGUCUGUAGCAACACUUCUUCGUGAUGUGAAAAAAGCUCUGGAGUUUGGAGUAGCAAGUAAUGUUGGAAGUUCUGUAGACCCAGCUUCACUGAAUUCUCCAAUGGCUUCACCCCAAGCCGAGGAAGAGUAUGAAAAAGAAAGAAUCCAAAUUCCAGAAAAAGAAAACAACCAUAGUCAAGAAUUAGUAGUUCCAGAAAUUACAAGCACGUAUCAAAAAGAGACAAACUCUGAGACAAAUGUACAUAGUAGUGGGUUUAGCACUGCUUCCCAUCAAGAUAAUAAAAAACCUGAACAUGAUAAUAUUUCUAAACAGAAAGAAAAGCAGGAUCACAGCUUGGUUACAACACUUAAGAAUUCAUUACUAAUGUUGUUACACAUAAAAACUGCAGACGUAGAUAAGACAGAUGAAAAAAGUCAAGCUGCUAUAGGUGAUGUUCAGACAGACUCGCCUGAAGAAAUGCAUUCACCUGAAAUGAGCUUAAGUCCACCAAGCACCAGAAAAAUUUAUGAAUAUGGCAAAGAUAGUAGUGACUCACCACAAAGUAUAGCGAGCAUGCAUUCCAGUUCCACAUCAGGUAAGCUUACUCCAGCCUCAGAGGAAGACAUGGUACAGAAUGUGGAUUCCUUGCAAGCAACUCCAACCAUUCCUAGAAGAAUAAUUGAAAUAUCAGAAAAAGAAGACAUAAUACCUCAAGUUGAGAGUGCACCACAAAGUCCAGUUACCCUUAGGCGGAGUUCAAAAGGCAUACCAGAGAAGACUGUUCUUAGCAAGGAAGAUCUCAGUUUUAGUCCAGCCACUUCAAGGAGAAUAGCAGCUAAAAUAGCUUCAGGUACAGAUCCUACAGUUGCAUUAAGUGUGCCUUCUAUAGUUGUUGGUAGUCUACCAGAUGAAAAAACAAUUGGAAGUAUGCUUUCUGACCCUCAAAGAGACAGCAGUCGCAAAUGGAGAUCUACUGAAAAUUUAUCUCUGAUUCCUUCAGCAACACCAGAAGAACUGGCUUCUGGUGCACGCCGUAAAAUAUAUCUCCAUAAGACUAAAGUGGAUAGUGAAGAGGCUGGAAAUACAGGUUCCCUGACACCUCCAGCUAGAAAAGAGAGUCCCAAUGUUUCUCCUGGACUGUCUAGAAGGAACAAUUCCCUCUUGAUCACUCAGUCUCCUCCUGUUGAAAGACGCUCUCCUGGGACAAUCAGAAGAAUGGCCAUGUUGGAAGUUCCCAAGAUAUAUGAAGAAGAUAUAGAUAAAGGAAAGACAGAUUCUAGUUCUCAGGAAUCAAAAGAUGUAGACCAUACUUCAAAAGAUGCCACACAGCCAAUAGAAGUCAAAAAGGUCAAUGAUCCUUAUAAAGCUCCACAGGUGAUUCGGAAGAUUCGGGCAGAACAAUUUUCCGAUGCCUCUGGAAAUUUAAAACUCUGGUGCCAGUUCUUCAAUAUUUUAAGUGACUCAACUAUAACCUGGUACAAAGAUGAAAUUCAAAUGGCAAAAGUAAAAAGAAGUUCUGGAGAUGAAGGGCAGGUGGCACUUGCUGUUGUACAAGCAUCGGUGAAGGACUGUGGUGUCUAUCAGUGCACCAUAGAGAAUGAAUAUGGAUCGGAUUCAACAGACUGCCUCCUAAGCGCAGAGAUUUUGUCUGGAUUCAUUUCUAAAGAGGAAGUUGAAGUUGGAGAAGAAAUAGAGAUGACACCAAUGGUUUUUGCAAAAGGGUUAGCUGACUCAGGCUACUGGGGAGACAAGUUUUUUGGAAGGAUAGUUAUGGCAGAUUCGCAUGUUGGAAAUGGAUUUCAGAGAAAGUCCUGCAGAGUGAAAGUGAUUUAUGGGUUGGAACCAAUCUUUGAGUCAGGAAAAACCUGCCUUAUCAAAAUACGAAACCUUAUCACUUUUGGGACCAAAAAUGAAAGCACCUUAGUGGAGAAGAAUUAUGAUAUCACUAUUCAGGAAUGUAAAAUUCAGAACACAACCAGAGAAUAUUGCAAGAUUUUUGCUGCUGAAUGUAGAGGUGCCCCCAACUUUGGAAAGAUUCCAGAGAUUUUACCUCUGAACUUGAUUUAUCGACCUGCCAACAAUGUCCCCUAUGCAACCAUAGAAGAGGAUCUAGAUGGCAAAUUUGAGAAGCUCUGCAUCCAAGAUCUUUCAAGAAAAUUACACAUGAAGAACAGCACAGAAAUUGAGCAGAAAUGCUGCACUUUUCAGCACUGGGUGUUUCAGUGGACAAAUGGAAAUUUCCUUGUCACCACUCUAGAAGGUGUGGGGUGGAAAUUAACCAAUAUAGGAAUUGCCACAAAAUCCAAAGGAUAUCAAGGAUUAAAAGAGAGCUGCUACCCUCAAGUCCUGGAGGAUUUUAUUUCAGUUCACCAGUGCAAUAAUUACUGUGAAAUGCUGGGGCUCAAGUCUCUAAAAGCAACAGAAAGUCUGCAACCUCCACCCAAGCCAAAGGGUUCAAGGAGUCCACAGAUGGGAAGGAAAACUGGCUCUGCUCAGUCAAGCCCCCAGAUACAAAAGAAAGUUAUGUCAAGCCCACAAACGGCUAGAAAAGGCGGUGUCAGUCCUAAAUCCACAAGGAAAGCCAUAGAGACUGGAGACGUACAAUCAGGUCCCAAAAAUAAAGGAAGCGAAGGUCUGACAGCUCCGAAAGCACAAUAAAACCUGAAAAUGUCCUAUUUUGUGACAUGCUAUACCCAGACUUGACGGCAAUCACUACUUUUUGAAUAUACUAAGCAGAUGUUUGGAAUGCACUAACUUUCUUCCUCUCUGUUUUCCAUACCAUGACAGAGUGGCUGUGGACAGCCCAACCUGUGUGGGGGUUAUCUGAAAUUAAAGGUGAGCAAUAAAGGUGCAUUUACUCUUGCCACAAAGACUAUGUACUGUAAAGACUAUAUCUAUUUUUUCUACACUGCUGCUUGAAGGAUCAUUGUAUUUCAAGACGAAACAACAAUUCUAAUAUACAAUUCAAAAAUUGAAAGAGGAAUGUCUCCAAAGAUUUGUUCAGUAAAUGCAAGGUUAAAUGCAUCUCCUCCACACGUUUGGAUUUAUGGCCAUCAUAUAACUAUAUGGAUAAAGUACACAAUUGCACAACAUCUGAUGUCUUUCUCAUUUCUUCAUGACUCAGAUUUAUUAUACAGUCGUCUUGUUUGCUUUGUGUAUCAACAGUGGUGACACAAAGGUGACUCUUACUUCAGAAAGCAUGAAUGUUAAUCCAGCAUUUCAUGUGAAUUUCAAUUUUUCAAGUGGAAAUUUGCCAAGAUACCACCAUAGUGCCAGAUCUGGGAUGCCAUGUCAUCUUACAACCUCUAUAUUCUGAGCGAUGGCUCCCACUACUGGUCUAGAUGAUAAAGCAUCACAGAGACUAUUCUCAGGAGAUAAUGUGGUCUUUUUGCACUGGCAUAUAGCUGUUUGCUAAAUCUCAGGGUGUUUCGCAAGGUCAACCAUGGGACAUGUCUUCUAAGCUAUAUUUAAAAGGAGAUUCUAAAUUAUGUGGUUAAUAGUUGAAACAAGAGUACUGCAUAAGAUAGUUCCUCGUAGAUCUACUAACAGACAUCAAAUACUGGUUUUAGUAACAUCAUACAGUAGACCAGACUCUUCAUUAAAUCCUAAACCUGUUGGAUUAGAUGUGGUGGUUUCUAGAUGUCUCCAGGGUGAUCAAAACACUUUCUAGUUAAUGAAUGUACUUCAUAAAGUUUAUAAAAUCUUUGAAUCUUUGUUUUGACAAUUGGGUGACAACUGACCCCAAAAGAAACAGGCAAGACAUAAAAUGAACUAUCUGUGCUACUCACUUUGCAUAGAACUAGGCAUUUGGGGUAAGUGAAGUCUAAGUGCAGUGACAAAACCAAUGUUCUGCAAUCUAAUAACAACAAAAAAUUGUGCAGCAGGCAGCAAUUUGCACUUAGAUCCUCCUUUCUGCACGUUCUGAUGCCUCAUUCUCCCCGGUUGCCAAUAACUUCCUGUAUCAGUGACCAUGAUGUCCAUAGAUAUACAGACAUAACAGCUGUGCUAGGAAGAGUACAGAAGACUUCCCAUAAUACAGACAGCAAGUAGCAAGAUGGCUCCUGAUAAGUCUAUUUACUGGGAGAACAGGCACCAUAGAGAGGGAGAAGAAAGGUCACAAGAAAAACAUAAUACAAGCGUGCAGUAUAGAGGGUUUUUGAUUUUUACUACUAAUAUACACUCUAUAUUGAAGUGGAGUCAAGGGGGUUGUCUCAUCUCACCAUUACUAAGAUGAAAUGGGACUAAGUCCCAACCACCAGGUGGCCAGGAAACAGCAGAGCGGGCUGGCACUCCACGGUUUCAGUAUCUCCCAUUGCAGUGAAAAGCAGCUGCAGAAAAAGUGUAGCACAGCAAGCUAUGUUGUUUAUGAGUUAGGGAAUCGGCAUACAUUGCUGUGCUACUCUACUUCGGUAGCUCCCAUACACUGCAAUCAGCGUGCCAGCCCUAGUUCCACUAUUUUCCAGCCACCUGGUGGUCGGGGCUUAUCCCUAUCUCACCUUAGUAAAGGCAAGAUGGGGCAACCUCUUUAAGCUUUAUUUGGGUCUGAAAUAGAUGGACUCAGUUAUCAGAUUGACUUUAUCUCAAAUGACUUUUCAUUACAUUGGAGCAGCGUUUCCCAAUCACUGACCCCGGAUCAACAUGUGGCUCUCAAGCCUCCUAUAUGUGACUUUCCAAAUGGUGGUAGCUCUAAAUACUAUUGUGCCCUAGUAGCAACAGGAUGCCAUAAUAUUACUGAAACAUGCCAAUAGAGUCAAAAUAACUGUCCGUUAAUACUAGGAUUAAUCUGUAAUAUCUGUUUUUCCCUUUAAAUGCCAUGUGUGACUCAAUUCCAGAUAUAUAUUUAUAAACUCAGAAUCCCCUAUUAACUAUGAACUGAUGAACCAAUAUCAAUCAGUAGAAGAAUAAAAUAAAAAUAAUUCAUUCAGGGGUGCAGGGGUGCAGCUACAGAGGGUGCAGCGAUAUCAGCCAUACUUGUGCCUUUGUGCAAUGGGGGGGGGGAGGAGUCGGGGCAAUAUAUGCAGCAUAUGAAGACUGUAUAAUGGCACAUGGUAGGUGAAGGGCCCCGUUACAAAUUUCGCAUUGGAGCCUAGAAAGUUCAAGAUUAAUGCUCUGACUUCAAUAUACUGUAUUUAACUUGAAAAUGUUUGGUUUACGUGUCUUCUCCAUUAGGCUUCUUUA